CUUAGGCUGGAAAUGUGGAACCACUUAGGCCCCGAGAGCCAAUAAAGGGUUAAAGAUGGCUACAGGAUAAGUGUGGUCCGUUUAUUGCAAAUUUGACAGUGGUACUUAAAUGGUGAGUUUUUACUCUGAGCCGCCAGUCAGAGGAAGCAGACCAGGCUCUCCACUGCUCUCCAAACUCUCUGGUGUUCCUCAUUUUGCUCUGCUCCUCUUUUUUGUUUUGUAGUUGUUUUUUGUGGCUGCUUGUCUCUUUAUCUCUGCCCUAAAUCUUCUGCGUGAAACAGGACAAAAAGGAGUGGAGGAGUGUUUUUCCUGCGUCUGUUUCCUUUCCUCACCUUAACACUCCUGGUUUUCAUCCCUGCCCUGGGCCUGUGAGAUCACUUCAUCUUCCUCCAUCCCUUAAUCACCUCAAUGCUGCUCAUCUCUGUGUCUUCUACUGUGGAACUAAAAGUUUGAGCUGACACGCCUGGAGUCCCUGCAGAUGUCCAAAGCCUGGCACUGAAGCGGGCGCUUGCCAGCAGCCCAGAUGCAUUUGCGACUCUUUGCCUUUGUCAUAUCUUUGCUAUGUGAGGUGAUCAGGAUCGGGUCUGGUGUCAUGCUGAAGCAAAGUGCUCAAAGAGAGACAUCAGAGGACUGUCGCAGCUGCCUGGAGUGUUCCCGUGACAACGGCUGUGUUCGCUGCCCCGAGAGGCUCUUCCUGUUCCUGCAGAGGGAUGGGAUGUCUCACCACGGCACCUGUCUCCACGCCUGUCCUACUGGACACUAUGGACAGAGAGGAAAGGACAUCAACCGCUGCAUGAGGUGUCGUUCCUUGGACUGUGAGCACUGUUUCAGUCGGGAUUUCUGCACCAAGUGUAGGUCUGGCUUCCAGCUGUUUAAAGGCAAGUGUGUGACGACCUGUCCGAAGGGAACGUUUGCUCAUCAAACAGACUGUUUAGAGAACUGUCUCUUUGCUCCGAUGGGAGACUGGAGCGAAUGGAGCGUUUGUCUCCGAAACGGCGCCACCUGUGGCUUCAGGUGGGGAAGGCAGAUGAGGAAUCGGGGCAAUAAAACCUUAGAGGAAAGAACAACAUGGACUUGUUCAUCAGUCAGUGAGACAAGGAGGUGCAGGAUGAAGAAAAAAUGUCCCACAGAAGGAAGAAGAAACAAAAAACCUGGUCUCGGGAGGAAAAGAGAGAGAAACCGACUACGACUGCUUAACAUUGGCAACUCCACCAAUGCAACAACAGAUGUCGCUGUCAUGCACAUGGAGACCUGAAGACUUAAUGGACACACAUCUCAUCAAACCACGUGUCAUCAGAUGCUUUUCUUCAAUAAAGAAUAAAUAAAGACCAGGUUAGUGUUUCUGACAUUUCCCAGUACACAGACACUGCCCUGUAGUGUACGUUUAAAAUCAUAACUGUGGUUAAUAUUCAUGCAGGACACAUUAAACACUGUGUCAAAACAUCUAACAAUUAUCUCAGAGUUGGAAAACACAUGUAUAAAAAUCCCACUAGAAGGAAAACACGGAGAGACUUAUUCACUUUUGUUGUCCUUGUAAAUAUGUUACACAACUUUUGAUGUAAAAGUCCUAAAAUAGUCUGAGAUGAACAGCUGACAUAAUAUAUGCCACAAGUGUUGCAUUGACUAACUCAUCAGCCGUAGAACCUACUCAACCAGGCCAUAAAAAGGGAUUUCCGACUUUUGUCCUUUAUAUUUGUCCAUGUCUCUGCUGAUCCAGUGGAGUUUUCUUCCAACAGGAAUGUACGUGUAGUAUUUAGUAAACGUAUAUAAUGAUGCUGCUGCUGCUGCCACAUGGUAUAGAGCCUGUUUACAUGUUGUUGUAAUGACUGCAGUUCUGUAGCUACAUGCAGUUUCUUGAAGUUGUUGAGAUCCUGUCCAGUUAAUGAUUGAAGUACAGAAACGAUCUGUGUGAAAAUAAAAAGGUUAAAUAUUAGUGUACACAGGUGUCUGGUCCAUCUGUUCUGGAAGGAAAGGUAUUAUAUUUAAUUUCAUAUUUUAUACCUACCCUCAGAAGUGCAGACACGAGUCACAUGACUUCGACUUUAGUCAUUAUUUCUGUUUUAUCUAAUUCUGAACGAUGAUUUAUUUUGAAAAAUUACCGGCUUUUUUCCACCGCAUCUCUCUAAUAACUUACACUUGAUGCAUGUCAAGAUGCUUGCCUCGGUCAAAUGUCUUACCUACAUCCAGGUCCGGAGU